ACAGUAUGUGUGUGUAUCUGGUGGGUGUCAUGUCACCUAUUUAUAAAAACCAAUGCAUAAGUUUGAACAGGGCUCUUUUGGCAUUGAGAAAGUAUGUGCUGGUAAGAAUAGAGUGGGUGGCUGUUUUUUUUUUUUUGUGGGUAGGGAGACUUUGUCACCCAGUAUCUCUCCCUGAUGGAUCCUUCAGUGAAGAUGCACAUGCCAUUUGUCCCCCCACCCCACCCACCAAGGCCUCUGUUUACCCAAGAUGCCACCGUAUAUGUGGGAGUUUGCGUUUUAAAGUGACAAUGCUCGCCUCACAUUGCUGAUUGAGACACUGUUAAGGGGAUUAGAAAAUGUAAUCCACUCUCAAUAUGUGCCGCCUAUAAAAUACCAUCUGCCAGCUCCUCGCACUCCGCGAUAUCUUGCAAACAGUUAGUCACCCACCGAAAGCGAGACGACGAGGUCUUUGAAACUUUAAACUUCAAUUCACGCACUUUCCAACACAAGCUAGGACACAACAACUAGAGGGAACCGCGUAUCACUCUACGUAUUAAGUAAAGGCAGUAAAUGUAUAGAAGGACCUACCAUAUGGGGUAUGUUAGUUAAUUACUGUAUACCAUUUUUACAUCUCAGGAGGACAGCCUUUAAAUAUGCCAGUGGGUAGUAAGGCGGAAGCCACGCUAUCUUGCUGCCUUUCUGAUUAUGAACAGCAGAUCACUAACCCCGAACACCCUGCCCCAUGGAUUGUUUAAUUAAAGGAGAUUAGAUGAUAUAGCCAACUCAUGGACAAUUCUUAGGUAACAGUAUCCUGUAACUCGCUGCGUAUGCUAAUCUGUUUGUAUUCGACCAUGUGCAUACUUGAUAGAAACGUCUUAAUGGACCAUUUUAAAUGUUUUAGGACAAGAGAGACAUGCACCAGAGAUAACACCGCAGCGUGUGCAAUUUCUGACAAGUCGUGCUCGGUUGCCAGGUUAUUGUACAGCUGCUUCCUUGUAAGUGCAGAGAGGCCCUGAGCUGAUGACCUACUUGUUUGUGUUGAGGAUGAAAGGGAAGGAUAUGACACUCUUGGUCCUCACUAAAGCAUAGGACAGAGGAGAGAGGAGCAAAUGCAACUUUGUCUCUGAGUUGUGUGCUUUCGAGAUAUCGUUCACUUGGGUGCCAUAACAGGGAACAUAUUAUCUGGAGGGCUACAGUUUGAUAAGGGCUCACAACUCAAUUUUACAGGGGAAAUAAUCACGCCGUGAGGAUAGCCAUUUGUCCAACAUUGAAUUAGGGGGAUCCGUUUGUCUACUCGUCUCAGCUCGUUAGUGGAGAGGGAAGGUCUCUAAAGAAAAGGCGUUUUUGUUUUUUGCAGAAAAAACCCCAUAAAACCCAUAUUUUUCUACAUGAGUUAGCAAAACUGCUAUGUAACCCCGGGCAGCUAGUAUAUUCACAUCUUUCUCGAAUCUGGGCAACUCAUUGUGGCCUGAACGAUUUUGUUUACUCAGACAGUAACAGCUGAGGAGAUACUUUGCUAACCAGUGGCCAGUGAACAGUCAUUUCUACACUAAUUGACUUGCCAGGAGGAUCUCUGGCAGUGGGUGGCUGGAGUGAGCGAAGUGAAGCCUCACUUUCUUUUCCCACGAGUUUACAAGAACUUCCCUAUCUAAUGCCAGCACAACCCUUGCCUUUUGCGCGCUCCCUUGUCAGCGAGACGUGCCUGGUACAGAGACCAGAGCGCGCAGCAGGCGCAAAGGUCUGUAACUGUAUGGAGAGGGAGUAGCGAAACAGAUGUCGAGUGGAUAGCAGCGGUAAAGGAGUGACAACUUUGUGGGUGUGCAGUAUGGAUCGAGGUAGACUGUUUACCCGGGCGCCAAAGUGUUUUAGAGCAUAAAGUAAAAGUCUGUUUUAUCUGUAGGUUAUGACAGUGACCAAUCAUAACACUCCUUCCGAAGUUUGAGUGAGGACGGCGCAUGGAAAGCAGGCGAACAUUCCCAAUCAGCUCCGCGGCUUCUUGAGAUACAACUUUAAUCACUUUUUUUCAUCAACACAACAUUAUUAUUUUAUUCAAAUACUAUCCCUGUGAAAAUGAUCAAGGGUGACGGCAAAGGCGAACGAUCGCUGAGGAGCGCCUCCCCACACAGAAACGCGUACAAGACGGAUUUUCACACCAUCAAGUGCUCCUUUGAUGGAGCCAAAUCCCAAGCCAACGGGGCCAGCGACCCCAGUACAGAGUCGAGGGGCAGGCCGACAGGCACCCGAGGAAGCAAGAUUAAAAACAACAUUUUUCUUCAGAUGGACGGCCAGCACGACGCCGGUGCAGCUCUGACUAAAACCGAUUUGCCCAGGCACCUGUGCCACGCAAGAAGACCUCUCAGUAGCAGCUCUCUUAAGGGUAGCGUGAGCAGCAUCACUAGUCAAGAAUCUGCCGCCUCGGAUAAAGCCUCUUUGAGCGAGGAGGCGGAUGUUGACAAAGCAACACUGGCAGAUAAGUUCUCUGUCACCCGCAAGCUUUUUGAGACGGGUCGGAAGGAACAAGGACCUACAGAGAGACCUGCCAUCCCGGCAAAAGUCAUCACCCGUUUGUCUGUGGACAGUAAUACAUCGGAGGAGGGGAGGACAGUGCGGAGACUAACAAGCUCCAGUGAGAAAACAUCAACCGCUAGAGCUUGGGAGGAUGAAGGAAGGAGGAGAGAGGAGAAGGAGAGAGAGAAAGAGAAGAGUGAAAGUGACACACCCACCCACAAGUCCAGCGGGGCCACGAACGCUGGACCCAUGUCAAGGCGACUGGAGAGCUUCAUGUUGGACAGCGACAGCGACGACUCCAACCACAAGGCUGACAUCUCUGCAGAUGGGAGCCGAUCAAGACUAUCGCCUACGUCUAAUGGCCACCACCAGCCGUCCUCCGUCAGCUAUUCAAUGAAAACCAGACCUGUGAGUGCUGACUCACCCAGCACACCAGAUCUCUCUCAGCUUCUCCCUGCAGUGAAUGGGAACAGCAAAACAGCGUCUUACAUUCAUGACUCUGAAGCACAGCCCCCCGACAACCAUAAGAGUUUUCAGUCGACUUCUUCCACCAAACCAACCAGUUUGGGGGUGAGCCACACACCGGAGUCAUUAAGCGGAGAUCCGUCCAGGUCACCUGUUGCAGAUCUGUCAAAUGUGGUUAGACUUGAGGGACCGGGGACGGUGUCCUGCCGAGCUGGGGCACUGAAAGACAUAGUGGCCCCUGCAGACAUGCCAGUGGGGGGUACAGUCAGAGCAGAGCUGGUGGUGCUCCAGAACGAGUCAUCGGAGAGCGAGGGGAAUGAGGAAGAGCACCUGGAGGAUGAGGUGUUUGAGGAGGCAGGGCGGCACGAGGCCCCUCGCAAUCACCUGUCAGAACAGGGUGCGAGUGACAGCAAAGGCAUCCAAUCGGAAGAGAAGGUGAGGGACUCAGGAAGUGGCCCCAGGCCAGGUGAAAAUGAUAAGAGGGAGGAGACUGAGAAUCUCCAGGAGAGCAUUGUGGAGGAUUACAGGAGAGCCCAGGAGGGAAAAAUGCAAAAAGAGGAGGAGGAGGAAGACGACGAAGAGAAGGAAAAAAGGAAAGUAGGGGAUGUGGACGAGAAGAGAGAAGUAGACGGAGGAGAACAGGAUGGUGAGAUCAUGAAAGAGGACAUGCAGAGACGAGAGGACAUGGAAGAGAGGAGGGGGGAGGACGCCGCCGUCGGGGAGUCUGCUUUAGAUGGAUGUGGUGAGGGACAGGAGGACGGGACGGGCGAGGACGAGGAAGACGAUGUCACGGCCGAGGAAGAGCGCCACGGGGAGGAAUGCAAGGUGAACGGGGGCGCAGAGAUCUGCGGGAUCGAGAACGCCGCCUUCGUGGAUGACCGGGACAGGGAUCUGGAGAGCCAUGGGGAGGAAGAUGAGGAGGGGGAUGGCGAUGAUGGUGGCCAGGUGCCAGAGUUGUACGAGGAGCAGCCGGGACUCUCAGAUGAGGAGGACCCAUCUCCACAGAGGAAGAUCAAGUUCUCCACUGCACCAAUUAAGGUGUUCAAUACAUACUCCAAUGAGGAGUACGACCGGAGGAACGAGGAUGUGGACCCUGUGUCGGCCUCGGCUGAGUACGAGCUGGAGAAGAGAGUGGAGAAGAUGGAGGUCUUCCCCGUGGAGAUUCACAAGGGAGAUGAUGGGCUGGGCAUCAGUAUCAUAGGGAUGGGUGUGGGUGCUGAUCAGGGUCUGGAGAAACUGGGCAUCUUCGUCAAAACGAUCACUGUCGGCGGGGCGGUCCAACGGGACGGACGCAUGAAGGUGAAUGAUCAGAUCGUGGAGGUGGACGGCAUGUGUCUGGUCGGCGUCACCCAGAUGUUCGCAGCCACCGUCCUCAAGAACACCAGAGGUCUGGUCAGCUUCCUGAUUGGUCGGGAGAUGCCUGGGGUGGAGAGCGAGGUGGCCCGUCUCAUUUGUGAGACCCUGCACCAGGAGAACACCAACAAACACCAGAACCAGAGUCGGGACCAUCAGGACCAGAAGCAGGGCGAGGAGGAGGAGGAGGAGGAGGAGGAGGACCUGGUGAAGAGUGAUGACCCGGAGAGAGAAAACCAAGAGGAAGAGGAAGAAGAGAGCAAGCAUGAAGUCUUUGAUGACUUGGAGAGCGCAGAAUGGACUCUACCUGAAAACCUUGAUGCCAUUGAGUCGGGAGAAAGAUUCAAAGAGCUCAAAAACAAGCACAUCGCAACCUUAGCAGAGCUGAAGAAAAUGAAAGAAAAGAUGCGCGUGUAUGAGGGGGAGCGAGCAUCCUGGGAGCUGCAGGGUGUGGAGCUGGAGAGGAGGUGGCAGGAGAGCAGCGAGCGUCUGCAGACACUGGAGGGCUACUGGCAGGAGUCGCAGCGGCUGUGCGAGACAGUCAGCCAGAGGCUCAGCCAGGCCCAGGCCCAGCAUGAGGCCCUGGAGCGCUGCUACCAAGACACCCAGAACCAGCUGCAGGAGCACCAGCAGAGAGAGGCUGAGUUUGUGAACAGGGAGGAGGAGCUGAGGAGGGUCCUGGAGGAGAGGGAGAGAGAAUUCCAGAAGAAAGUCGAGAAGCUGCAGGAGCAGAUGGCUGCACUUGAGGGCAGGGGCCGGGCGGGGCAGCGGGCCCCAGCUGAGCUCCGGGUCCCCGGGGGAGAGAGCCGGCUCAGCAGCCCAGAGUCCGGAGCCUCCGACCGGAACGGCCUCUCCACUGAUGAGCCCAUCUCUGAUCCAGACCUGGGUGAUGUGGUGCCGGAGACUCACCGCCUGGACUGCAGUGCUCACCGGGCCAAGGCUCAGCUGGCACAGAGGUCCCGCCGCCAGCGGCCAUCCAGACACAAGCUCCGCGAGUCGGCUCGCAAGUCUUCCGGCCAAAACCAGGAGCCAGAGGAGGGGGAGAAUGAGCCGGUAGAGUCCAGCAGUAAGAGGAAGUCCCUCCUGGAGAGUUUCACCCUUCCCGUGCCCAUCCUGACCCCAGAGGUGGGGGCACAGGGCACAGGGGUAACGGCCUGCACCCCCCAGGGCGGGGGUCAAGGGGAGGUCAGCGCAAGCCCUAGCAUGUCUCCCCCGACGGAUGUGUCCAGCCCCCACUCCCCCUCCAGUCUCCUGCAGAGUCUAAGGAGCCGCCACUCUAAGAGCAGGGACAAGAGCAAGGCUAACAGGAGCAGAGACGAGGAUCCAGACAGCUCGUCAUCAGGGAAGUCCAAAAAGAGAUUCCCCGAUUUCAGUGGCCUGAGGAAGUCUGCUGGCAAAGGUCGCAAGCAGGAGAAGGAUGCUCUGCGAGGAUCCCUGGAGAGCAGGGGCUCUGGGGACCUGCUGGACGUCUCCAGUGGGAACGUGUCCCCCACGGGCUCCUUGUCCGCCGUGCCCUCCUGCAUGCCCUUCUCCUGGUUCGGGGACAGGGAGCGGGACCGUGAGCGGGAGAAGGAGCAGUCCCUGUCCAGCUGCAGCCUCCCCCACACACCCACAGACAGACACGCUGACACAUCCGCACACCGCGAGAAGACCAACUUGUCAUGGCACUCUCUACUGUCUCACUCCCUAGACUUGAGUCUCUCUGUGACUGAUGAGUCCAACCCCAGUAGCCCGCGCUCUGCCUUGGCGGCACUGCUGUCGGAUCGCCGUCCGACAGCGCGCUCUCACAAUCUCGCCUUCUCCUCCAGCGAGACUAUAGAUAAUGACCCUCCACCAACAAGAAAGGGCUACUUGUGGCAAAGCCGACCCCUGUCCGAAUGGACCAAUCAGCAGGUCUGUCAUUGGCUGAUGGGCAUGAACAUGGACCAAUACAUCCCAGAGUUCACAGCCAGAGGUGUUGACGGACAGAAGCUUAUGAAUUUGGACAGCAGCCAUCUGAAGGAGCUGGGAGUGUCCAGUCAUAGAGACCGCUCCGGUCUAAAGAAGAAGCUCAAGGACAUGAGAAAGAUGCAGGAGAAGAUGGAGAAACGCCACGCCAAGAGAGAGAAAGAGAGACAGAAGGAGAGAGAGAAAGAGGCUCGGCGGAGCACCAAGCCUGCCAACACCGACUCUGUCUGCUAAGGUCCCUUAGUGACCCCCCACCCCACCCCUACCCCACUGACCCUUGCCCUUCUGUGUGUGACCUCAGUUUGAGGACGCAGAGAGAAACUACUAUUUGCCAACCUCCACGGAUCUCGCCAUGAUGUGGAUAAAGGCAGCGGGUAAUUUCACAGCAUCACCUGUUAAUCCAGAUUAUUUGUGGUCCCAGAGGAGAUGAGUCUCAGAGCCUGUAGUGCCUGAACUAGUUCAUGAUUUGAUAUCAGGACUGCAUUGAACUAUUCAGGAACAUUAUGCUGUCUAGAUUGUUCCCCCUCUCCUGCAUUCAAACACAACUGAUAUUAACCUAUUUCAGUGCUUUUUAAUCAUCAAUCAAAUCUGGAACUUAAUUUGAUGGUUAAGUUUUCACAUGUAGCGCAAAGGUAAUUCCACAUUACAUUUCACAGGGGAACAUUUCCCAAUAAACAUGAUACCACAAGGAUGUGUGAUAUGUAAGAAUCGGUGAGCAAAAAUGAACUAGCUUCUAUGUACUGUAUUUCUGUACUGUAUUGGUAAAAUGGCGUACAUAGAGUGUCACCUAACGAGGACGCCACCAAACCGUGACAUACUCUUGCAUGGCACUUCAUUGCUUUGUACAGUGGAGUGCGCCAAUGAUGCAAUUGACUUAGUUGGAAAAGUAAAUGAUGUACAUUCUUUUUAUAUGUAAUAGUUUUUAUGGGAUUGGAAAUGGCUGGAUGUACAUAUCUUCUCAGAACGAAUGUUGUACAUAUUCAGGGUUGUAACUAGAACUGAAGCUUUGUUGUGUCGAUGAGCAAUGGUGGCUGUUUUACUUGUCUAAUAAAUAAAAGACGUUUUAUACAGUA